UUCUUCCUUCCAUGAGUGGCCAAAGAAACUCACGGGCCAAAUUAAACUUUGCCAUUGCCCUUUGCCUUUUUUUUUUCUUUCCCUGAUUUGCAAACACUUAAGUUUGUUUCCCUGCAACUGCCAAAUAUUUAUGUAUGAUACUGUUUCUGUGAGAUAAAUUCCCAACCAACAAACUACGGUUCCCAAAGUCGCAAUUGCAAACCAUCCUUCCUUCUAUAUUAAACAAUUAGUUGCUUUCUUCGUAACCAAAAAAGCUUCCCUGCAUCACAGACUCCUUAAGCCAUCCCUUGCGGACACAGUUGCUAGCUCCUAUUUAUAUAUACAUCACACAUUGAUUGAUACUUAUAACAGUAGUUGUCUUGAGUUAAUUAAAGACAGCCUCAUACCCCAUUUUCUCUCCCACUAACUAUACAUAAUUUCCAAGGAGUAAAUAUAAAAAAACCACCGGUAAACUCAACCCAACAAUGGAGCCCUCCACCAACUGUGGGGACGUCACGAUGAAUUGCUCCAUAUCUGAUGUUGGCCAUGGCGAUGAGACUAAUUAUUUUAACUCUCCGUUGCUACUCCAACCAUCAUAUGCUCGGUCAAAGUCCUUGCUCUGCGAUGAAUUGCGCAGCUUCAGAAUAAGCCUCAGGUGGUGUGCACUGGAUCACUCGUCCUGCAAAGGCAAAUUUAUAUCCUAUUUCAUGUUUGUUUUCCUUACCGUUUUUGUCCCUCUCAUAAGCUCCCUCUCGGUCUCGCUCCAAGUACCAUCUUCCGCAUUAACAACUGACACCACUGGCUUCAACCUUCUGGUUCAGUUUCCUGAGUCAGGCUUGGCUUUCUUGGGCUUUUUAACCUUAUGCUGCUUCUUCAGAAGAUAUGGGUUGAGACAACUCUUGUUUCUUGACGCCCUACAACAAGAUACCACCUUUGUGAGACGUGGAUACACGCGGGAGCUGGACAAGGCGUUUCGCCACCUGGCAUUCAUACUUCUACCCUCUUUCUUUGUUGAAGUUGCGCAUAAGAUCAUAUUCUUCUCCACCGUGAAGAUAUCGUUGCCUUAUGUUAGCUCGGGCUUCCCAUUGAACUCCAUCGCGUUUGUGUUGGUGUUGUGGUCAUGGGUUUAUAGGACAGGUGUUUUUCUGCUUGUCUGCGUGCUGUUUCGGUUGACUUGUGAGCUACAGAUACUGAGGCUUCAAGGGCUCCACAAGAUGUUCGAUGGAUGUGGGUCUGACGCUGGGGACAUAUUUCAGGAACAUGUCAGGAUCAGGAAACAGUUAUCUGUUACGAGUCAUAGGUAUCGCUUCUUUAUUAUUGCGUCUUUGGUUGUCAUCACUGUCAGCCAGUUCGUGGCUUUGUUAAUGGUUUUGGCCUCAAAAUCAGACAAGAAUUUUUUCAAUUCUGGUGAUCUCCUGGUUUGUUCAGCCGUUCAGCUGAGUGGUUUCUUCUUGUGCUUGUUGGGUGCGGCAAGAAUCACACAUAGAGCCCAAGGAAUGGCAUCGGUAGCCACCAGAUGGCAUAUGAACAUGACAUGCGCAACGGCAGGAGUAGAGCAGGGGAAAGUAGUUCUCCAUAACCGAGACGCCGAUGUUGCCCUGGAUCCUCACUCAUCUCAAUCAAAAUUCAAUGAAAGCGACACCGACGACUCAUCAGAUAUAUUCAUCAGCAUUUCCACACAACAUCCAACAUCAAACUACCAAGCUAGGCAAGCUUUAGUGUCAUAUUUGCAGCAUAACAACCGGGGGAUCACGCUGUUUGGAUAUGCUCUGGAUCGUGGAUUGCUUCACACUCUCUUUGCAUUUGAGUUCUCUUUGGUGAUGUGGAUUCUCAGCAAGGUUGUUGUUUUGUCUUAGAAACCAACACCAUGCUCGUUAUAAAUGUGGAAUCAUGGAUUGAUCCAUCCCUCACAGUUGAAGGGAGAACGUCGGAACAUCACAACUCUUUUUUUUUAAUCCUUAAUCGUGUCAACAAAUAAAUGUAAAUAUUUGUUACACAAAAGGACUUCAUGACCCAAUGGAUAAGGCGGUGGUUUACGGAAGCCAGAGAUUCAUUCUCGGUCAGUGGAGUCAGCUGAUUCCCAGAAAUUCAUUCUGGGCCAGUGGAGUCAGCUGAUUGCUGUAUCUCUUAUAUUGAUAUGGUUUUUUAUUCUCAUCAGGUGCCCUUUGAAAUGGGCCUAAAUAUUAAUGGACUCAAGGCUGGCAUGUCAAAAUCGAUUAUGUUAUAACUUAUGAGCAAUGACCCACUCAAAUUCAAUAGUCAUCCAUACUUUGUUAGAGCCUAAAAUAAUACUAUUGACAAUUAUAAGAAAAAAAAUGCAGUUCCCCUCAAUGGAUAGAGCAUGAAUAAAAAAUCAGACCGGAGGUUGACUGGGUGGGUUGCCGGUUUCCUAUUCAACGGACUGAUUCUCUUCAAAAGAUAUUUAAGU